AAGGACUUACCAAACCAAGCCUCAAGUAGUAAUCAGAUAUAUAAGUGCUAUGUUGCAACGCAGAGAAGUGAAGAAAGAGGAGAUCAUUGAAUUUAGCUGGGGUCAGAAGAUCCAAACUUGUGGGCUUGACAAAGACAGUCAAUAUUUUUCAUCAUUUACUUAUGAUGGUGUGGAGUACUUUCUCGAUGAUGUUGUAUUUUUGCGGGGUGAUGGUGAUAGCAAUACUCAUAUUGGUAAGCUUGUAAAAAUAUGGGAGACGUCCAGCCAGCAAAAGAAAGUCAAGGUUGUGUGGUUUUUUUAUCCCUCUGAAAUAAGACACUGGUUACGAGAUGUUCAGCCGCUCAAGAAUGAGAUAUUUCUGGCUUCUGGUGAAGGCAAAGGCCUUUCCAACAUUAAUCCCCUGGAAGCGAUUUAUGGAAAAUGCAAUGUUAUCUGCACAUCAAAGGACAAGAGAAAUCCUCAAGCAUCCGAAGAAGAAUUGAGAUUGGCCAGAUAUAUCUUUUAUCGUACUUUUGAUGUUGGAAGCUGCAGAAUCUCAGAAACCUUUCCAGAUAGAGUAGCUCGAAUUAAAGUGGAGCGUUUCUUCAAUUCAGAGAAAAGUCGAAAGCUUGUCACUCGUCCUGGACUCAAAACAAAAUUGAAGGAGAAGCCUGAAACUUCAGUUCCAAAGAUUGAAUUAGUCACAGAAUCAAAGAUCUUAGCUACUACUUCCGGUAAACAAACAUGUUUUUCUGGUGAGAAUACCAAACGGAAGCCUAAACCCUCAAUAAAUAAAGAUGGGAGAGGGGAAGUUUCUUUCAGUCAAGAAAAAGAUAGAGGUAAAGUGAAAUUUUCCGAGGAUCUCUCAAACAGAAGUGUAUCAGAUAUUCGGCCACUGAAGAAAAGGAAGCUUGAAUGGUUUUCAGAUUCCAAGGCUGCUGUUAGUGAGAACAGAGAACUAUCCAAGGGAAAUUAUCCGGAGAAGGCAAGUUACUUUUCUGAUGAAGCAGCUGCUCAACUUAAACUGGAAAAGGGUGUCAAAACUAAGACCCAAAUUGGGGAGGUUACAAGAAGGCCUGAUAUGGUAAGGUCUUUGAAUAUUAUUGGUGGGAAUUUUGUUUCAACUACAUAUUUUGAAGAAAAUAUUAUAUCAGCAACUAGAAAGUACAUAAUACAAUGUUUUAAGACCCGCCUUGGUAAUUUAGGAAUAUACAGUUCUGAUCUCAACUUUGAUUACUAUUCUGAUAUAUUCUCAUCGUGUUUACAGGAUAGGAGCAAAUGGUUCAAGCCACAAUCUUGGGAGGACAAGAUGCAGAGAGCUUCUGAGAAAGGCACCCUUGUAUUACUAGAAAACCUUGAUCCUUCCUAUACAACAUCAGAAGUAGAGGAUAUAGUUUGGCAUGCAUUUAACGCAAAGGCCGAUGCAAAAAUGCUACAGCUCAGCACAUUUUCUAGCCCACACUAUGGAAGAGCUUUUGUUAUAUUCCAAUCAAAAGAUAAAGCAGAAUUUGCCAUUUCUGAGUUAAAGAGUAAAUGCCUAAUGCUAGCCAAUGGAAGGCCAGUUGUUGCUCGUAGAUGGACUCCAAGGGAGUCGGAUGAGCCAGCUAAAUUUUUUGGCCAUUUGACCAUUGACAAAGUUAGAUUGCAAAAGCAACGUGAAGAUAUGAGAAAAGCAGUUUCAACAUCACACUUUUCACAACCCAAUACUAUUGAAUAUGAGAUGGCCAUAGAAUGGCGUGCGCUACAAGAAAAAUCUGAUACAUGGCAGAGGGAUUUAAAUGAGCAACAGGCAAAGGAGAUAGAAGAUGUUAGAAGCCAGCUAAAGACGAUUCAUUAUGAGUAAAGUUGGCAUUUGGAGCAAACGCUUCCUUUUGUGAUUGCACGUUAAGGCUUGU